CUCUGGGAGGCCGAGGUGGGAGGAUUGCUCAAGAUCAGGAGUUCAAAACCAGCCUGAGGAAAAGACUGGAAGGUUAGAUUAGAACCAUGACUCUGACCUGUAAGCUUUAGAGGAAAUGGAAGUGGCUUCCAUAGAAAGAAACAUCCGCAAGGCAGAGGGAUCCGAAAUGAAACUGAACCUGGAGUAACUGGCUGUCCUCUCGUGACAGCCUGCGGAAAGAGGCAACCCUGACUCCUCUAAACUGAUGCACAAGGUUGGGCCAAGCUCUCCGGCUCCGUCCGGGUGGCUUGGCACGACUAUCUUUUCUACUCGGCCACUCGGCGCCCCUGCCCGCCUGCAGGUCUGCGUGGACCUGCAUGAGGCGCAUGUCCGGCGGGGACCCGAGGAGGACUCAACACCCAGGCGGGCAAGAGCUCCACCGAGGUGCACACCAGCAGCACACGUUCCCAGUCUUGCAGCUGAGACCUAUCUAUGCCUACCUUCAGAGGAAGGAGAGUCCCGCAACCCUCUCCUGGUCGUAACCAGAGACGUUUGUAGCCGAGGCUGCUGUAUGUGAUGCAUUCUGAGAUCUCCAGCCAACUCAACAUCAGCUCCUCCUCUGUGACUGGGUCCUCAUUAAGGUCCUCCCAAGACAGACUUCACUGGAUCUACACUCAAGAGAACUCUGCCAGGUUUUCCUGACCCCCCUACAUCACUGUAAAGUGCCAAGGCCUUAAGACUUGGGUACAUGUAUUACAACGGCAAGAGUGCCAACACCAACAAAAGAGCCUCUGGACCUGUGAGCUCCUCUGUUUCACCAAGCAGACAUAAUAAUCUUAUCAAGAAAGCAGAGUAAGCUAAGUGCCUCUGUGUGACCACCACCAGCUGUAUCACCACCAGCUGAUAACAACAACAAAAAAAUAACUAAUUGAGCCUAGGGCCUAUCUCUUCCUGAGAAGCUGGGAUUUGAAGGAGCUAUUCUGAUAUCUGGGCUGCUAGUAAGUGACUAAUAACAUUAUAAGUGACUGAUAACAUUAUAGACUGGAUUGGUCCCUGAGUUCAGAGACUGAGUUGCAAUUGAGUGAAAAAUAGACAACGAAAUCUUGAAGAAUUGCACAGAGGUGCAAGCCAAAUUUAACCCUCUCCAAGUAAUUAACUGUAUGUAUGCCUUGUUUCCUGGAAGCAUGAGUCUGUUGGGACUUGGGACAAGAAGAAAACAAGACAUCUUCACAAGGAAAAUCAGACACUAAAAAACUACCCCAAACUCUGAAGAGAUAGAACACAAACAUGACCGACAGUGGACUUCGGGAGCCUCAAGAGAAUUCUCAAAAGUAUUUGGAAAAUGAUCCAUCAAUAAAUUCUCAGGCACAGGAGACCACAAUCACAGCAAGUAUCAUUGAAGAAGCUCAGACUCCACACCCUGCCUCUGGUCUUAACAAAGAGCACCAAGAGAUAGAGACAAUAUAUCCAGAAAGUGCAGAUACAGUUGAUGAAUCAGAAAGUCCAGAUGAGGCCGGGCAUGAAACAAAUUUUGGGGACUAUCCAAAGGAUAAAACAGAACAUGAGAACAACCAGAGUUUUCAGGAUGGAGAACAAGGGCAUCAUGUCCCUUCAGAAAAUCUGGGUGAAGAACCCUUGGAUCCAGAUCCUGACCAUUCUGCAAGUGAUAAGGAAGGAAGAGCAGAUGCACACUUAGAGAGCAGCUCUGCAGCCCUCCCUGAGGAAGUGAGUGACAGAACUGGAGCUUCUCAGGAGCCAUCUGCUGCAAUAAUCCAGGAGGCCCAAAGUUCUGGUCAUUCCAGGGUGGGUCUAGAGAGCCAGGAUACACUGAGGAGGCGACUGCCUCCAGAGGCUGAAAAUCGUCAACAAGAAACACAAAAAUUGGAAGAGAACAAAGAGAAUGCACAAGAAGCCAUAAUAAAGAUUAGUAAAAAGGCUUUUUGGAGCUAUGGCCCCAUCUUUCUUGGCUUCCUGGUUGUGGCUUUUGUGCUAAAUUCUGUUAAUAGCUACUAUUCAUUUCCAGCCCAGCAAGUACCCCCAAAUCCAGCUUUGGAGGCCUUCUUGGCUCAGUUUAGUCAGUUGAAGGAUAAAUUUCCAGGUCAGAGUUCAUUCCUUUGGCAGAGAGGAUGUAAGUUUCUCCAGAAGCACCUCAAUGCUUCAAACCCUACUGAGCCAGCCACGAUCAUAUUUACAGCAGCUGGGGAAGGGAAAGAGACUCUGAAGUGCCUGAGCCACCACGUUGCAGAUGCCUAUACCUGUUCCCAGAAAGUCUCUGCCAUUCAAAUUGAUGGGGCUGGAAGAACCUUGCAGGACAGUGACACAGUCAAGCUGUUGGGUGAUAUGGAACUGAGCUAUGGAUUUGAGAAUGGCCAGAAGGCUGCCGUGGUACACAACUUUGAGUCCCUUCCUGCAGGCUCCACCUUGAUCUUCUACAAGUAUCGUGAUCAUGAGAAUGCCGCCUGUAAAGAUGUGGCUCUGGUCCUAACCGUUCUAUUAGAAGAGGAAACAUUAGAAGCAAGUGUAGGCCCAAGGGAAACUGAAGAAAAAGUGAGGGAUUUACUCUGGGCCAAGUUUACCAACUCGGACUCUCCCAGCUCCUUCAACCACAUGGAUUCAGACAAACUGAGUGGGCUCUGGAGCCGUAUUUCACACCUGGUACUGCCUGUGAAGAACAUAGAGGAACGGGGUUGCCUUUUUAAAAGCUAACUCAAAGUUGAUUAUAGAAGGCACAGGCUUAUGAAAAAGUUUAAAGGCCUUCCAUUCAUGAGGAAGGAGGUUGAUAAAUGUGAAGAAAUAGCCUGAAAAGCAAAAAUGAACUUAUGUUAGAAAAAAGUUUUCAUUUUUUACUUUUUGUAAAAUCUUUAAUAAUCUAAGCCUUGACAAAGCUAAAAAUUGAUGACUUAUUUUCUUUGCCUUUUCGGGCAAAUCAGAUUUGAAAUAUAUAGCAUGGUAUCUAUAACUGAGGAAUAUUUUAAAUUCCAAAAUACAGCAACAAAAUCAUUGCACAGGAAGAUACUCUUCUCAGAGUAACUAUCAAGUGAUUUUUGUUUUCUUGAGUGAGGCUCUAAAGAAGGUAGAGCCUCACUUUUAGGUAGUAUUUGAAAUUGGACAAAAGUAAUUACAAUUAUGAAGCAAUGAUAAAUUUUAGAAAACUUUUCAAUCACACAUUAAGUAUUUUUAAAACUCACUUUAAUAAUGUAGUUGUGAGAUUAUAUCCUAUUUGCAGUUUUGAGUAGUAUGAAAAAAUAAAAUAUAAAUUUAAACCAUCGAACACUUACCCUAAAUACUAUGUGUAAGGCACUGUGCUUUUUUUCCAUUAAUGAGCUAAGGUAAGAGCAGAUGUACUCCAAAAAUGUUCUGGACCAGGUGUGGUGGCUCACACCUGUCAUCCUAGCACUUAGGGAGGCUGAGGCAUUAGGAUUGCUUGGGCUGUCACCAUUAUCCUGGAAUGUUUCAAUUAAGUUUUGGCUUCUCUGGUUUUAUGAUAAAUAUGUAUAUAUAUAUAUUUUUUCUUAAGUCAUGUGAUUAAAGUAUGGAAGGAUUUUAGGGAACACUAAGAAGGUAUCAGGAUCUUUACUGAUACCUAAAAAGAUUACAAAGACAUGGGGAAGAAUCUAUUUGAAAAUAUCUGCCACAGGAAAAAGACAUGAAUCUGUUCUAACCAAAGCCUUAAGUUGUGAUCGAUUGAGUGUAGGGGGUUACCUGAAGGAACAAUUUGCAUUUGGGAUGCUGAUGAAAUCUUACAGUCUAUUUCAGAAAAGACCCAAACACAAAGCAUAGUAAAUGUAUUAAAUAAUAUCAGUGUCAAUCCAAUAUAAAUUCAAGGAAAUUAAAGAAAAAUCUACAUGCCAUAUUUGAUUUUUUUCUGUAUUUCUAGAUCUUAGAUGGUAGCAUUACAUCACACAAAACCAAUGGUGCCUUGUGAACUGUUAUGUUGGCCUGCUGACCUGUGCUACCUCAGAUCUAUAGAG